AAAAUGGCGACUCAUUUUGACAUAUGACAAUUGUUUGUUAUUAUUUACUUUGCAAAUUGCCACUGUUAUUUUGCAUAUAAUUGUUGCUGAAAUCACAAAAUGUCAUCUCAAAAUGAGGAAGAAAAGAUAUUAAUGCCGCACCACGUUCAGCAACCUCUAUGUACGACAAGACUAGCGUACAGACAAGGAAGAAUAUUCACAGCUGUGAAAGUAUAUACCAUAAAUGAUGAGUCAACCCAUCUGCUAAUCUUCGGUGUUCCCUCGCUGAACCUUCGGCAAGAAACAAAAUCCCUCUGCAGUAAGUUCGGAAGAGUAUUACAAUUGCAUCUCACACCAAAAUAUCCUACAGAACCUUUUACAGAAACUUAUCAUGUGCUGUUUGAGAAAAUACAAUGUGCAAGAAUUGCCAAGAAGAUGCUGGAUGGAAAGAACUUCUAUGGAGGUGUAUUGCAUGUGUGUUAUGCCCCAGAAUUAGAGACUAUAGAGGAGGUGAGAACAAAACUGAUGCAAAGAAAGAGAGAUGUUUAUUUUAGAUUGAAAAAGAAUGAACAUGAUAAUAAAAUUAAAGAGGUAAUUGAAACAAAAACAAUAAAUGAUAAUGUAGAGAUUGAUAAUGAAGUAAAAGAAUCAGAGAAAAAAGAUACAGAAACUGAAUUGAAAACAGAAGUGGUUAUUAGUAAGCCACCAGUAAAAAUGAACAUGGGUCAUGUUAAUGUCAUAUCUUUUGGCAAAAAAAGAAAGAAAAAGGUAAAAGAAAAGGUGACAAAAGAAAAGAAAAUCAAAGAGACAGAUAUAAUAGAUUGUACUAGUGUAGAAAAAGAUACUAUUACUAACAUUUAUGAAGCUUUAAAUAAUAAAAUAGAGAUAAGAAGUAUACAACAAAAACCGUUAAAUAAAAUUGAGUUUUUUAAUAAUAAAUAAUAAAUUAUUCUUCUUCGGCAUA